UCCACUGGCGCUCGCCACUUAAACACACUGUCCUCCGCUGCUAUCUCGUCCCGACCCGGCCCCUGGAGGAGAGGAAACGUCAGCACCAGCUCCGCACCGCAGCACCAUCACUGCUGCCUCUCGCCUGCACGGUAACAUGGUUUGCAGGGCUCGGCUGCUGUAGCCAAGGGCCACUUAGUCAGUCACUCAGCCGGUGUGUGUGUGUGUGUGGAUGUGGAUGUGUGUGAGCGUGCAGUGAAGCAGUAGUAAGCAGACGGAGAUCCAGCUACACGACACAUCAGGAGCAAGGCGUCCAGAGCGAGCCGAGCAUCCCUGCAUCUCUACCCGGCUGUCCUGCACCCCGGCCCCGCUGAACCGGAGCAGGGACACCCUCCUCUCCAACAGAGACUCUACCUCGGCUUUAUCGGGUGGGAAAAGCGGCCUGGCUAGUGCUGUAGUCACUGUUGUUGUUCAGUCUCGUUGACAUGGGGAAACAAAACAGCAAGCUGCGGCCAGAGAUGCUGCAGGACCUCAGAGACAAUACUGAGUUCUCCGACCACGAGCUGCAGGAGUGGUACAAGGGUUUCUUGAAGGACUGCCCCAGUGGAACCCUGAAUGUGGAGGAGUUCAAGAAAAUCUACGCCAAUUUCUUCCCCUACGGUGACGCCUCCAAGUUCGCUGAGCAUGUCUUCCGAACAUUUGACACCAAUGCCGACGGGACGAUAGACUUCCGGGAGUUCAUCAUUGCCCUGAGCGUGACGUCGCGGGGCAAGCUGGAGCAGAAGCUCAAAUGGGCCUUCAGCAUGUACGACCUGGACGGAAACGGUUACAUCAGCCGCGAUGAGAUGCUGGAGAUUGUACAGGCCAUCUACAAGAUGGUGUCAUCUGUGAUGAAGAUGCCAGAGGAUGAGUCCACGCCAGAGAAGAGGACGGAUAAGAUCUUCAGACAAAUGGACCUCAAUAACGAUGGCAAGUUGUCCCUGGAGGAGUUUAUCAAAGGUGCCAAAAGCGACCCCUCCAUCGUGCGGCUACUCCAGUGCGACCCCAGCUCGGCCUCCCAGUUCUGAACCCCCCCGCCCUGCUACGACCCUUUCCUCCUCACCCUCUCUGUUGCUAUUGAAACAGUCACUCAAAAUCAAUGCAUGAUGGUUCUCAUCUCUCAUAUCAUCUCUUUUUUUAUUUAUUAUUUUUUUGUUGUGUGCAAGGAUUGAGGAGGGAUUUUAAGGAGGAUAAGAAAAGCCAUCACUAUCAUUUUUACUUCAUCGUUUUUUGGGAAAGCUGGAAGGGACAUGAAUACGUUUAAUGAUCAGUGGCGUUCGCUAAUGUUACCUCUCUCUCUCUCUCUCUCUCUCUCUCUCUCUCUCUCUCUCUCUCUCUCUCUCUCUCUCUCUCUCUCUCUCUCUCUGGAACGUCGGAUUUCCAGGAGAGCUUGUGACAAAGUGUGGAUUUUUGCAGAUUGGGGAUUUCUCAGUUUGACCUCCAACACACAUGUACAUCAUGUAUAUACUGUCUGUCUGUGUAUAUCACAAGAUGAAGGUGUUCUUCACGUAUGGUGCACUCUCUGACUUUGAAAGGUAGUAUUAUGUAGCGUAACUUCCUGGUCUGAUCUGAACGGGUGGUCGGGGUGGAGGUGGGUGGGAGUGCAGGGUUCUUUGGGAUUUUACUGCUAUAUGAUCUUUCGGUGAGAAAAAGAAGGCCUAAGAUCCCAUUCUCUUUUUAUUAUUGAUAUCUACUGGCAUGUCAAAUGUUGUUGUUUUUUCAUUUGUACAUAUUGUUUUCCUCCAUGUCGUUUUAUUUAUUCAUUUCUAUUCUCAUUAUUGUGCGUUUACUUUGACAUGUUGACCGUAAUUCAGUUUACAGUGACAGAGAGAGAGAGAACAUGUGAGUUAAGAUUGAUCUCUUUGUGGAUUUGUUAAAGUGGAAGAUUAUAAAACUCUAUAACUCCAUAAUGCAUUCGAUCAAUGACACCAGUAGCACAUAUCGUUUCAGCCGCCAUGUGUUUUUAAAGUCUGGCUGUGCGUCCGGUCUGAACGCGUGCACGUGGAUAUGCACUGUGUGCCCGAGGCUAUAACUUUUACAGUAUUACCAUGUUGUGUUGUUUCUUAAUUUGUAAGUAUUCUUUAACAACGAGCAGUAAACUUAAGAUAGUCGUUAACCUGUCACUAUACUGCAUGAUCCUAUGAACUGACAACAUCCACAGAAACAGUCAACGCACAGCAGUAUCUUUUUGUAGCUCUGCAGCCUCCGCAGCACUGUACCAGGCAGAAAUGAUUGAGUAUUUGUCUUGCUUUGGGACAAACCCUCCCCCCCUCCCUCCCUCCCUCUUCCUCUGACAGACAGAGAACUCACUAAGGGCUCGUUCAUCACUCUCUAGCUGAAUGCUUUUAUAACCUCCUGGAUUAGUCUGCUUACAGAGCAGGUAGAUGAAGGGACGUGUUUCACGAGAUAAGAGAUACUUUUUCUGAUUACAGUUUCCAGACAUACGUAGUAAUCGGCAGGAGAUCGGUGGCCGUGUUUACAUUGGCACUGAUAGAAAUCAAUUACAUUUGGAGCACCAGGAAAGUGGAACACGAGAUCAAACUGCACCUGCAGCGUAUGAGAUUUAAAACACAGUUCUACGGUGAAUUUUCAGCAACACCGCUCCAUACAUGCGUACAGUCUUUUCAAAUGACACUUCACAACAACUUGGUUAAGUUUAGGAAAAGUGCUGACGUUAUGAGAAGUGGCGUUACUUAAAUAUGGAAGUUAUGCCACAAAUAUAUCAAUUCUAGUCCGGUGUCUUUAGAUCCACACAGACCUCUUCGCUCUUCGCUCUUCGACGAUCACGUGGAUUAAAUUGAUUUGAACUAUUUCAAUUAAAUACUAGACUUUAAAGCACAUUUCAGAAUAAAAGCCUCCAGCUGUGCAUAUGUAAACACAGCCACUGGUGGCAGGAAUACCAGCACCACCAUGUCCUGAGUGUAAGUAUUUAAGGCCUCCAUUGUCAGAUCACUGUUGCCAUCUUCUGUUUUGGAGGUUAAACACAAAAUAAAUUCUGUUUGUGAAGAAGUGUUGGGCAGAAAUAGCAUAUUGCAGAUAUUCAUACAUCAUUCUUUUAAAGGGGCCUCCAGGUACUUUACUUUUAUAGACUAUAAUGUAUUCGUGUAUUUGGUAGUUAGAAGUGGUGGACUGUAAGUACAUUUACUGGAUUUAAGUGCAAUACUAAAGUACUUCACUCGAGUAUUUCUAUUCUAUGCUACUUAAAACUUUAAAGAUUAAGGUUUUAGACUCAGAACAUAUCAGUUAGUUCAUGAAACGUAUUGUAUUGUUAUUCUAUCGCUAACAUAGUGAAGUAAAAAAUAGAGCCUGAUUUAAAAAGAUAUAUAUUAGAAAGACACUCACACAAUGUUGUUUUUAAUACUUUAUCUUAUUUCAGAUUUGUUUUUCACUAAAAGGAUGUUCACUAAAACCAAAGUGUGUCCUAUCUGUGAUGAAAUAAAAUAAUUGUUUCUUAACAAAAUGUAAGGUGAAGUGAUUUCAGUAUGUUUAAUGUCAUUUUAAGAGUUUUCAGCAUUUUUUGAUAUCGUGAAUCGAAAUUAUUUGUAUUAUAUUUCUCUAUCGUCCCAUCCCUAAUUAUUAUUUAAACUGCCCCCAAACUAUAUACAAAGUGUAGUUUAUCUCCAACCUGAAGUGGUUCAGUGUUUAUUCUAUUAAUGUAUUCUUGUUCACUGAAAAACUUAAUUGAAAUCCAGACUAAUGCAAUUAUUCCAGGUGGUUUAGCUCCAUAAAGAGGUUUCCACCGGCUUCACUGAGUAAUAAAACCCCGGCACAAAAUGAUUUCUCUGUCUGCCAUGUGAGAUAAAAAAAAUUAAAAAAAAACCCGAGUCAGAAGAGCCUCGUCAUACCAGACUUAAUAUCAGCCCAAUAUGUGUGUUGCCCAACUUUUCACUACCUCACAAAUUGAAUUAUUGCGUGCAGUGGUGGCGAAGUGAACUCCCAAUGAGAGCUGUGCUGGUGCAGCUGCAUCAACAUGACAUUAGGACUGACCUGAAGUUACCUUGUACCAAACAUUUGCACAGGAGCUUCCUAACCAGCCGCACCUCUGCUUCUGAGGAUCCUAUAGUGCCACUGCCUUCUGCUGGUAGGAUAAGGAACAACAGUUGCUACCCCCUGAUCUACUACAGUUACCAACCCUUUUCUAUUCUCACUGCCUCUGAUGAACUGGUAACUUACAUUGGAUAAAUGCACCCCCUACUUUCUUUCUUCCUUCCUAACCUCCCUUUACUUCCUCCCUAUUUUUCUGUUGCAUGAAAACCUCUCGUGAGGAUGUCAUGUUUGUUCAGUUGGACCUGAAAUCGAAAUAUACCUAUGUGUUUCAAAGCUG